AUGCCCGCUAGCACGAGCUGCAAGAACCAGGCUUCGCGAGUUUUCCACGGUAGCCCCAGGGGUGGCACAGAGGGAGGGCGGCCGUGCGGGGUGCGUACACUACACGACAGGACGCGCGACAAGGGCUCCGCGCAGCCGGGGUCCCCGGGGUCCCGUCCACCUCCGCUCGGGGACGCCGGCCCUCCACGCCCUCCAGCCCCGCACAUCGCCCCCACGUUCGCAGGGCGCACCGGGGGCUCUUCCGCGUCUGAGCGCUUCUGCAACCGACUCCCGACCUCUGCUUGCGGCCUCCGCUCCCCUGCUCUGCCCCCCCCUCCUCUGCCUUCCUCUUUCCUCCCCUCUCCUGCGGACUUUCCUCCCCAGCCCUCCCCUGCGGCCGCCCCUCCACUCCCUGGCCGCCUCCCCUGCUUUCAUCUCCCCUGCUCUCUCCUCCCCUCCCCCCUCUUCCCCUCCCUCAGGCGUCCCGGAGACCUCCCCACCGAGCCAGCAGAGCCAGCCAGCCCCCGCCUUCUUCCAGGCCCCCUCGCCUCUCCUCCGCACUCCGCGGGCUGCAGCGUCCGUCCCCAGACCACGCCCCUCGGGAUCCCCGCCCCUCGGGAUCCCGCCGCGCCCUCCCUGACCACGCCCUCCGGCUUCCGGGGCGUCCUCGGGCCACGCCCGGGCCACGCCCCUCCCAAAGCGCAGCUCCCGAGACCACGCCCCUGGAGAGUCUCGCCGCGCCCUCUCAGACCACGCCCUCCGAGACCACGCCCCCGCGCUCCCGCCGGGUCCCAGGCCACGCCCCUGAUCACGCCUCCCCGAGUCCCGGCCGCUGCGCGCCCGCCUAGCGCUCCGCCCUGCAGCACGCCCCGCGCGAGUCUCCCCCGCGACCGUGGGCCUCGGCCGCCCGGAGCUGGACGCGGGCUCGCUGUCCCCGCAGCCCCUCCGGCCACAGGUUCGGGACCCCGGCCCGCGAGCUGCAGCCGCGGCCCUGAGAAUGCCGCGCCUCCUGCCGAGGGCGCCCGGCACGCGGCCCCUCGGAAGACAAAGCUGCUUAGUGCUCGCCGCGUCCCGAGCAGGCCCCGCAACUGGGUCAGUCUAUCAGGCCAGUUGCUUCUGAGUGAUGAGUGUGUGGUGAAACCAGUUAAUUCCGGGGACAUCGGCUCCUUUGCUGCUGCGCUUCGGAUGUGAAGCGACUUCCUUGAUCGGAAGCAGUGUCGCGUGGAAGGUUAGGACAUGAGCGAGGCAGGCCCAUGCGUGGUGGUGCCGGGGGACCCCUUCCGGGCGGGAAGGGCAGUUCCGUGUCCAGGAUCUGGGUAGAAUCCGCGAGGGACAAAUCUCUGCCCCUUCCACGAGGGGAAGGGAGUGGCGUCAUCAGCCUGCUGCUAGGAGGCCAGCCGGGCCCCGUGUGGUUGGUCUCUGCAGCUGGCAAAGGGACAGCAGGUGGCCCCGUCGACACUGGGGAGGGGAGGCCACGCAGAGCCCCACACCUGCCACCACAGCCGCUCGGUUGCCUCGUCCCUGGGACAAGACGCUGACUGAUGCCCAGAGGACGAGUUUCCUCACCGGUCAGGAGCGUCUUCGGCAGUGGAUACCCUCCAGGGGGCAGUCGCGUGGGACACAGUGGACCUGUGCGGAUCCACACUUCUGGCCGUCUCUCAGUCCAGACAAAUGUGCCUCGGAGCGCUGUCCCCGGGGCAGGAUCCCCAUCACAGCCGUCUGCCAGGGCUUCCCCGGACGAGGGCUGGAGGGCUGCCGCUGUCCCCUUGCUGCCCAUUCCUGCAGAACCAUCCGUAAACUACACCCGAAUUCUUUCCCUCUCAGCUGAUUACAGGAAUUUUCUUUUCUUUUCUUCUCUUUUCUUUUCAAGUUUAUUUAUUUAUUUUGAAGGAGAGAAAGAGAGAGAGAAACCCAGGCAGGCUCUGCACCGUCAGCACAGAGCCUGAUGUGAGGCUCGAACCCACGAACUGUGAGAUCAUGACCUGAGCCAAGAUCGAGAGUCGGAUGCUCAACUGACUGAGCCUCCCCACCACCCCCCCCCCAAGGCGCCCCCAGGCCCGAGGAUUAUGGGAUCUGCUACAUCACCCGGUCCAAACAGAAGAGGACCUUGCCCCGCCCCCUGCCCCGGCCGCAGAACCUUCUCGCUUGCUCCAGUCCUCACUCGAAACUCUCGCCUCCUGUAUUUCUUUACAGUGACCCCCAAUUUUUUACCUGCAUGAUCGCAACCUCACCCUUAGCAGUGGUGUCUGGGAUGGACUGAUUGUAUUUCUCUUUGUGUGUAAGUAAAACAAAUACUUGAUUGAAAAUAAGAAGUUUCCAUCUGAACGCUCCCUGAAAUACCCAGGGCCCUGCAGUCCCCCCUGGGGACACGCUCGCAGGGGCGAGGGGGGGCGGGACGGGCACAGCUGUUUGACCGCACUUUUCAGUUCUUGUUUCUUGGAACCAGCUGAAAUCUGACUCUGAGCCCUUGGCCACCAAGGUGGGCAGAAAUUUGAUUUCGGCUGUCAGCCGGGUGUUAUGGCAGAUGGGCCACCCUAGGUUCUUCUAGAACUAAUGCCAGUCCCACAUCGGGGGAGGGGGGGUCUAGUUACCAUCCCCCUGAACCUGGAUGGACCCACGGCUCUCCUGUAGUCAGAGGAAAGCCGCAGAAGUGACUCUGUGCCACGGACCGUGACGCAAGGUGCACCUUGUGAGAGCCCGAGGCACCGGGUAGGCAAUCUGACGCCCCUGAAGUGACCGGGCCCCAGGAAAGCCCUCUUCUGGGACCAGGCGUAAGCAACGGAGGCUUACGGGACCCAGGUCACCCCCAGCCCGGAGCCCCAGCCAUCUCGGGGUAAAAACAAGCGGCCUCACUGUGGGUUUGUUCUAAAAAAAUUUUAAUUUAAUGUUUAUUUAUUUUUGAGAGAGACAGAGACAGAGCGUGAGCAGGGGAGGGACAGAGAAGGAGACAAAGAAUCCGAAGCAGGCUCCAGGCUCUGAGCCAUCAGCACAGAGCCCACCGCGGGGCUCAUACUCAAACUGUGGGUUUGUUUUUUUCUUUUUGAAAACUCCCGCCCUGCAGGAACCGUCUGCCUUCAAGACAAAUGGUUGUUUUGUGCCACCAAGUUUGGGGGGUUUCUUACACGGCAGUAGGUGUGGGAGACCCUUCCCGGUGGCCUUCUUUAGGUGACAGUGGGGUCACUCCCUCAGGACCCAUUGUCCCCUCGCCCCCAGCGGAAAGCUGCCUUGUGUCCAGGCUCUGGAGGUGGACAUCGAGCCUCGGGGCCAACGUUGCCCACACAGUCCCCACGUCGGCACAGUCUCGGGCUCGGGGCAGGGGCCUGUGUGACUCAUUUGGAGCCGAUGACAGUGAAGAGGACAUUUGAUGGGAACUUUUGCAUUUCAGAUUUUAUUUUUAAGUAAUCUCCACGCACAGCGUGGGGCUCGAACUCACAACCCGGAGACCAAGAGUCGCACGCUCCACCCACCCGGCCAGCCAGGCGCCCCCGAUGGGACCUUCUGAGAAAACAAUGAGGAUUUCUCCCUCUUUGGAGACAGAUUCCACAUGUGCCCCCACACACGUACACAGCCCCCCACCCCACGGCCAAAGAAGAGGCGCUGACGAAUUCGCCGUGACCAUGA